UUCAUUUAUAUUUCUCCCUACAAAUAAAAUCAAAUUAGUGCUGCUGCUGCUUCUUCUUCUUCUUCCAAUUAAUUACUUGAAUGUUGAUAGGAGUGAUCUGAAGAAACAAUUAAAGCUAUAUAUGGAAUUCACUUUGCUUGAUACUUGCUUAGAUUUGAAUUUGAAUUCUACAACGUCUUUUCAUGAACUACCAAUUAAACAACAACAAGUAAUUGGAUUGGGAGGAGAUGACAUGCCACCAAGUAAUGAGGUAGCAGAUGAUUUGGCAGAGGAAAUAAAGAGAUUGAGUGAUGAAAACAAGAAACUAAGAGAGAUGCUGAGUGUGAUGUGUGACAACUAUAAUACUUUAAGAAAGCAGUACAUGAACAAUUGUAGUACUAAUUAUGGAACGUCAAGGAAAAGAAAAGCUGAAAAUUCGGAAUUAUUGGAUGCUCAUUUUCAUGGAAUUAUAAAUUUAGAAUCAAGUGAUGAAGAACCUUCAUGUAAUCAUCAACACAAUCAAUCGAGGAAUAAUAACUCUACGUCGCUUUAUGUUAGGACUACCCAAACAUCUCACCAUACAAAUCUCAUAGUGAAGGAUGGAUAUGAAUGGCGCAAAUACGGUCAGAAAGUAACGAGAGACAACCCGUAUCCCAGAGCUUACUACAAGUGCUCUUUUGCUCCUACUUGCCCCGUCAAGAAAAAGGUGCAAAGAAGUGUUGAUGAUGAGUCCAUUAUAGUAGCAACAUAUGAAGGAGAGCAUAACCAUUCAAAAGUAGUACGAGAGGCUGGUGAGGGCUCUUCUGAUCUCAAUCUUAUAACAAGUGAUCAACCAAAAAUAUUAUUAGUGAAUGGAAACAGAACAAGUAGUACUGCAAUUGGUCAUAGUCACAAGCAACCAGAGUUUCACAAGUUGUUGAUUGACCAAAUGGCUUCAUCCUUAACCAGAGAUGCCAAAUUUAAAGAUGUCCUUGCUGCUGCCCUUUCACAAAAAACUAACCUUCCACACAAAUAGAAGGUAUUUGUGUUACGUAAUUGGCUAGACAAUUAUUCAAUAUUAGAAGGCUCAAGAGAACACAACCAACUAGUCGUACAAAGUUAAAGUGGGUUAAAGCCCCCACAUUAAUUGAAGAAUGGACCGGUUGUCUAUUUAUAUAUGAACUUGGACAAUUCUUCCUCGUGAGCUGAAGUCUUUUUGUUUUUAUGUUACGAAAUGCAAGUGUAUCUUUGUCCUGUAAUUUUCAAGUUCACCACAAGCCUAAAGGCUGACCAAAGAGAUGUGAAAACAUUUCUACAUAUAUAUACAUAGCCUUCAUUUAAUUCUGUUAAGUAUUAAAAUCAAUAACACGUACGCUGCCCUUAUAGUUUCUUAAUUAAUGUUAAGAAAUUAA